AUGGCACAGCCGAUGUCAAGCGAUGUGUUCGUCUUGGGUUUGUUGCCCAUCGAGGUGGAGGAGAAAGAAGCAGAAGAGAAGGAAGAGGAGAAGAAAGAUGAGGAGAUGCCAGAGGAGAAGGCUGAAGAUAUAGAUGACGAUGAUGAGGAACCAGAGAAGAUUGAAGAGCCACACGCCUCGAACGAAAAGCUCCACUGGCCCCAGAAGAUUGGAAGCGACUCGGAGUCGGAGAAAGGCAGGCUCGAGGCACCGGGCGAUGCGAUCGGAGCGUUGGAGAUUUCAGAAGCAUGGUUCGGCUCCCCGAGCGACGCGGCGCAGCGCUGCGACGUCACGGCCGCGGUGCGCGCCGCCGGCGCCGCCGGCGCCGUGCGGGCGACGGCGGCGGCGCUGGGCGUGGCGAGCGGCGGGGGGCGCAGAAAGUUGUGGGUCUCCUGCUCCUACCGUUGGCUGGAUGAGGAUGCGGCUCAGAUGUGCAGGCAGCUGGCUGAGAAGGCGGGGGAGGAGGUGCGUGUGGAAGACCCACGACUGCUGCAGCUUCACCGGCUUCUGAGCGAACCCUUGGGGCCUUUGAAGAAGGCCAUGGUGGAGCAACAGUUGCAGACCUUGCGUCUUCAGCUUUGCGCCUCUUUGGCCCUCGAUGGUCUCCUCUGCCUGGCGCAGCGCCGCACCCAGACCUUCGCCCGCGCCGCCGCGGCGGUAGCCACUCACGGUUUUCCCUUUGCCUACGUGGCCUGCCGUGCUGCCCAGGGCCUCGCCGCCGCGCUGCGCUUCGGCGGAAGCGGCGGAAGCGGCGUCGACGCGGGAAGCGCCUCGCGUGCAGAGGUGCGGGAGUUCCUGACGCCCUGCGCGCGCAGAGGCGAGCGCCUCGUGUUCGAACGGCUCUUCGGCGAGUUCUUUAAGCACGUGCAUGGCGAGUGGCUCCAUCUGGGGGAUGCCAGGUCCAUUGAAGAGCUCAACGAGCUGGUGAAGGUGGCGCAAGAAGAGAUGCUGGAGCUUCUUUCACGCCAUGCCAAGGAGCCGAGGCCCAGCGCGGAGGAGCAGACGCUCCGCGCCGAGGCGCUGCACGCGGCCACGGCGUUGGGCUUUUGCGUCUUGUGCCUGCGACCCUUGCAGCAGUUCCCCGACGAGGUGGGUGCCCUUGUGGAUGCCAAAGACCAACGCUUAGAGAGCGCCCUGUACCACCGACGCUGCGCCUUCCACACUGCCGAGGGCUGGCGGGGCUGUUGCGCGGCGCUGAACGCCCACGUGCUCGCACCGGGGCUGAACGUUCCGCCGCUGCUCCUGCAGCCCACGGCCGUGGCGCAGGGGUGGUGGGCCAUGCCGCCCUUGAUGAAGGUGAACGAGUGGGCCAGGUUCGUGGCCAGCGGUGCUUCCGCGGGCGCUCCCUCAGCUGCAGGAGACGCUCAGGUGCCAGUGGAGCAGGUGGCAGUGGCUUUGUCCGCAGCACUGCCGGUGCACGCGCAGCAGCUGCUGCGGCAGUUGGGUCGGGGACCGUUGGGGUCGGAGCGGUCCGGAAUCGUGCAGGACUUGGAGUCCUUGGAAUGCAUCGCCCGUUGGACGCUGCGGACGCUCGCGACGCUGCACUGGGCACCCAAGGCCUUGUCGCCCGAGGCCUCCCUGGAAGGUUGGAGCAGUUGGUUCUGCAGCUGGGAUGCCUUGCAAGAAGGUUCCCUCAGCCGUGGCACCUUGGCACUGGCACUAGGUGCUGCGGUCCGCGCACAGGCGGAUUUGCACCAUGUGGUGCUGGCGGAUCCUUUGGAAGAGGUCUUACCCUUGCUGUGCUCGGAAAUGGGGGAGCUCGAGACCAUCAGCCUGGCACGCUUUCUGGGUGAUGUGGCUGCCGCUGCCUCGGAGCUCCUGAGGAGACAUCUCUCACCGCGGCCAGCUGAGAGUGUGGCUGCGACCCCGCCACCCGAGGCUCCAGAGGAGCGUCGUAGCUCGCGCGGAGCUGCCGAAGAGCUGGUGCCGCUGAGUUUCAUCGGCCUUUGCGGCCGCCGACGCGUGGCGUAUGUGGCGCCGGAGCUGCCGUUGCAGUUGAAGGCGCUGGUGACAGGCUUGGCCGGCGAUUCCUUGGGCUUCGCGCUGGCACAGGAAGCCUUGGACUCGGAUGGCUUGAUGCGCUUCUUUUGGGCGGGGCGCGAACUCCCCCAGGAGGGCCCUGCCACCCUGCGGGACCUGGGCCUCUUCGGCGGGAGCGCAGUGCUGGUGCUCACGUGCCACCCGGGAGGGACAGGGAUGGCGGAGCUGUUUUGGGGGGGAGGGUCAUGGAGAUGACGUCGUUUCAUGCAGGCAUGCUGGUCUUUUGGUUGCUUUCAAGUGUGACUUCAAGAUACUGAAAAGGCAUAUAGGUGGAUAUAUAUUGGUAGACCCUUCAAGUAAGACAUGUACACCUAGGGACCUAGUAGAUCCUAGUAGGACCUGUUGUUUAUGAGCUGUCCUUAGAGGCCAGCCCUCCAUGCCCCUGUGUCUUCAUCCUCUUUCUUCCUCCGAUGAUGCGGCCAGGUCGGCGACGGCGCAGAACGAGAGCGACAAACCGCGAGGUCUCAUGUCCGUUCUCGACUUCUGGCUGCCGCGACUUCAGGCCGAAGAGCAGACCUUGCUGACCCAGCUGCCCCUUCGCAGCUGGGCAGCCGGGCUGAUCCUGAUCGCCCUGACGCAGCUCCGCUGAGCGCCCGAACCCCACUGGUUUCGUGCCUUCGUUUUCGUUCCCGCCGUCGGCGGUGGAGAGCACGGGCGGCGUGGUUGCGACGCAUUGGUUGGAAGAAAA